GCUGGACUUCGUUUGACGUUUGACUCAUUUUAUACAUACUUCUUCUUUCGGCAAGGAAACGAACGUUAUAUUAAUAUUUAUUGCCGAGAAAGCAAAGUUCGGACACCAGUAAUUAGUAUUAAGUGAGAAUAAGCAGAGCUUACACGUGUAUUUGUUCCAUACUUACUUUUAACAAAAAAGUAAGUGCACAACUUGGUCAGUUUAAAGUGUUGAAGUGCAGAACCGGACAGGAAAAUGGAAUUUCUGAAGAAAAUUCAGCAAUUUAUCAGCCACUGGUACGUUCGCUACCUACUGGCGACUGAGUUGUACAUGGUGGACACAUGGGAAAAGGUUGUUAUGCAUAUCGUCUUCGGCAUCAUAUUCACAUUAUUCUGGUACUUCAACUACUCCAUCAUCAUCAGUGGUAUCGCCCAACUCCGCAGCUCUACAGCGCAUGACGUGGAACAAAUUUUAUGAGCAGCCAUCAACUAUAGUUAUGAAUUUAAAUUGUUACUAAACUAUUAUUUGGAUAUGAUGCUAUAAGUGUAAUAGAGUAGAUGACUGUAUCUUUAUUAAAAAGGAAGAAUCGUCGUCAUAAUAUCAGUCAUACAUUGGCAUAGAAAGAAGAAAGAAAGAAAAUGCAUUUACUUGACCAUUGGCACACGAAAACAA